AUGUUUUCUGACCUGGCUGGCCUCAACUACACCUACAAUGUGAGCGACGACCCGUUCAGUUUCCUGGACCGGGAGUGGCGCGACGCGCCGAAAGAGACUCUGUCCAGGACUGGCUUCAUCGUGCUCUCUGUGUUCCUGGGCUUGAUCAUGACAUUCGGCUUCCUCAACAACUUCGUCGUACUGCUUCUCUUCUGCAAGUUUAAAACUCUGCGUACUCCGGUCAACAUGCUCCUACUCAACAUCAGCGUGAGCGACAUGCUGGUGUGCACGUUCGGCACCACGCUCAGCUUCACCUCCAGUAUCAAGGGAAAGUGGCUCCUGGGCCGCCACGGCUGCUUGUGGUAUGGCUUCAUCAACUCCUGCUUCGGUAUCGUGUCGUUGAUCUCCCUGGUGGUCCUUUCAUAUGACCGCUACAGUACCCUGACUGUGUACAACAAGCGUGGUCCCGACUACCGCAAGCCCCUGCUGGCCGUGGGGGGCUCCUGGCUGUACUCCCUGAUCUGGACGGUGCCCCCCCUGCUAGGCUGGAGUAGCUACGACCUGGAGGGGGCCGGCACCAGCUGCUCCGUGUCCUGGACCCUGAGGACGGCUCAGUCCCACGCCUAUAUCAUCUGUCUGUUCGUCUUCUGCCUGGGCCUGCCCAUCGUCAUCAUGGUCUACUGCUACUGUCGGCUACUGUGGGCAGUCAAACAGGUGGGUAAGAUCCGUAAGACUGCGGCACGGCGGAGAGAGCACCACAUCCUGUUUAUGGUGCUGACCACAGUGGUGUGUUAUAUACUGUGCUGGAUGCCCUAUGGUGUGGUGGCCAUGAUGGCCACAUUCGGCCGGCCCGGCAUCAUCACCCCCGUGGCCGCCGUGGUACCCUCCCUCCUGGCCAAGAGUAGCACCGUCAUCAACCCCAUCAUCUACAUCCUCAUGAACAAACAGUUCUACAGGUGUUUCCUGAUCCUGUUCCGGUGUGACCGGCGCUCCACGGAGAACGGCCUCUCCUCCAUGCCCUCCAAGACCACCGUCAUCCAGCUCAACCGGCGUGUCUACAGCAACACGGUGGCGUGCACCGCCCAGGUCUCCACUGGUAUCCACAACCAUGGCUGCAGCACCCCGGCCACUGAGCGCAACAACCCUCCCGAGGUCACUUCCUGAGCAGGCACGCCGGGAUGACCAACGGGGAAGAGUGAAUGAUGACCGUUGGAUGAUGAUGCUAGCUAGCUAGCUGAGCGGUGUACUGUGCAAACCGAUCGACCAUCACAAUGUGAACGCUCCGAGCCCCAUGCAUAAAUACCCUCGGGGGUCUCUCCUCUGCUCGUGCCCAGCCACUUCGAUUUGUUUACUGAUCACCGUGUUUACCUGUGCAUGUGUGUGUAUGUGGGAGAGAAAUUGUCCAUGUGUGUGCAAGAGAAAGUCAGGUUAUGUGAGUGUAUGGGGGAUGGGGCGGAGGGUGUAAUAUAGUGAGCAUGUGUCCUGCAUGCAUAAGAGGAAGUGUGUGUAUCUCUGUGUAUGUGUGUGCAUGUGUGUGUGUAUGAAUUCUGUGUGUGGCUAUGAAUUCUGUGUAUGUGUGUGUAUGAAUUCUGUGUGUGU